GGCAGCCUCGCGCGCCGUGCCUGGCCGCCCGGGCGGCGUGGCAACUGCUGGAAUCUCCCCGCGGUGCCCCUGCCAGGCAGCGAUGCCAGGAUGCCCGUCUCUGCCUCCCCCUGCCAAAACGGCAGCCAGGAGCGGCCGGUGAGCCUGACCUCCUCCACUUCUUCAUCUGGCUCCUCCCGAGACAGCCACAGUGCCAUGGAGGAACCCAGCUGCUCUGAGCCUUUGGCGGAGAACGGGGGAGGCUCUCCCCGGAACCGGCACCCCCCCAACAGCAACAACAACUCCAGCAGCUGGCUGAACAUGAGGGGUCCCCUCUCCCCCUUCAAUGGCCGGGGGGCAGCAGGACCCACGCACAAGCUGAGCUACCUGGGCCGAGUGGUGCGGGAAAUCGUGGAGACGGAGCGCAUGUACGUGCAGGACCUGCACAGCAUCGUGGAGGACUACCUCUUGAAGAUCAUUGACACGCCUGGACUGCUGAAGCCAGAACAAGUUAGCGCCCUCUUUGGGAACAUAGAAAGCAUCUAUGCACUGAACAGCCAGUUACUCAGAGAUCUGGACAGCUGCAACAGCGACCCCGUGGCUGUGGCCCACUGCUUUGUCGAAAGGAGCCAAGAGUUUGAUAUCUACACCCAGUAUUGCAAUAACUACCCUAACUCAGUGGCUGCCCUGACGGAGUGCAUGCGGGACAAACAGCAGGCCAAGUUCUUCCGGGACCGCCAGGAGCUGCUGCAGCACUCACUGCCGUUGGGGUCCUACCUGCUAAAGCCUGUGCAGCGCAUCCUCAAGUACCACCUGCUGCUCCAGGAAAUCGCCAAACAUUUUGAUGAAGAAGAGGAGGGCUUCGAGGUGGUAGAAGAUGCCAUCGACACCAUGACCUGUGUGGCCUGGUACAUCAAUGACAUGAAGAGGAGGCACGAGCAUGCAGUUCGGCUCCAGGAGAUUCAGUCCCUGCUUAUCAACUGGAAGGGGCCAGACCUGACCAUCUAUGGGGAGCUCGUCCUGGAGGGCACAUUCCGCGUGCAUCGCGUGCGCAAUGAGAGGACCUUCUUUCUCUUUGACAAAGCACUGCUCAUCACCAAGAAGCGGGGCGAUCACUUUGUCUACAAGGGUCACAUCCCGUGCUCCUCCCUGAUGCUGAUUGAGAGCACCAGAGACUCCCUGUGCUUCACCGUCACCCACUACAAGCACAGCAAGCAGCAGUACAAUAUCCAGGCCAGAACAGUGGAGGAGAAACGGAACUGGACUCAUCACAUCAAGAGGCUCAUCCUGGAGAACCACCAUACCACCAUCCCCCAGAAGGCCAAGGAAGCCAUCUUGGAAAUGGAUUCUUACUAUCCCAAUCGGUACCGUUAUAGUCCAGAGCGGCUGAAGAAAGCCUGGUCCUCACAGGAUGAGGUGUCCACCCACGCGCGCCAGGGGCGCCGGCAGUCUGAGCCCACCAGACACUUGCUGAGGCAACUCAGUGAGAAAGCAACCAGAGCAGCAGGAAUGAAGGGGAAGGGGCGCAGGGAGUCUGAAGGCCCCAAGAGCUGCCGAAGGCCCAGCGGCCGGUCUCCGACCACCAGUGCUGAGAAGCGCAUGAGCGUAGAGUCUGUCUCUUCCCUGCCGGAGGCUGACCCUGACCCAGAGCCCUGGACAGAGCGAGAAGUGUUUGCCGCCGUGGAAGGUGCCAGCACUGAAGAGAUGCCCUCAGACACAGAGUCUCCUGGAGUCCUAGAAGCACAGCUUGAUGUUCACCAGGGGCUUUUGGGGCUGGACCACCCGGGUGACAUGGCGGACUUCAUGGUGGCUGAGAGCACUGAGGAUCUUAAGCCUCUGAGCAGUGAGGAGGAGGAGGAGGAAAUCGGGGCCACUCAGGAGCCCGAGAGCCUGCUGCCACCCUCUGUGCUGGACCAGGCCAGUGUCAUUGCUGAGCGGUUCGUCAGCACCCUUUCUCGGCGGAGCAGCCUGGCGCUGGAGGAUGGCAAGUCCAGUGGCUUUGGGACCCCAAGGCUGAGCAGCCGGAGCAGCAGUGUGGUCAGCCUGGAAGGCAGCGAGAAGGGCCUGGCCCCGCGUGGGGGCACCACAGAGUCCCUCAGCUCUCAGCUCCCCCCAGAAGUGGACAUGACUAUGGCGGAGGCCACAGAGAAUGGCUCUUCUGUCAAUGGAACAGAACCCCCAAGCCCAGGCUGCCCAGUGGAGCCCGACAGGUCUUCUUGCAAGAAGAAGGAGUCGAUGCUGUCCACCCGAGACCGGCUGUUGCUGGACAAAAUCAAGAGCUACUAUGAAAAUGCAGAGCACCACGAUGCGGGCUUUAGUGUCCGGCGCCGGGAGAGCCUUUCCUACAUCCCCAAAGGGCUGGUGAGAAACUCCGUGUCCAGGUUCAACAACCUUCCCAGGCCAGAUCCAGAGCCAAGAGCUCCGCUGGGGCCCAAGAGGCAGGUUGGCUCCCGGCCGGCUUCCUGGGCCCUGUUUGAUCUUCCAGGACCAGAUCAGGCAGGGCCUGAGGACCCCGCUCCUAUCACUGAUGCUGAGUUCCGCCCCUCUUCGGAAAUUGUGAAGAUCUGGGAGGGGAUGGAAUCUUCCACUGGGAGCCCUCGCAAGGGGCCAGGCCAAGGCCAGUCCAAUGGUUUUGAUAUGCAUGAGCCACUCUUCAUCCUAGAGGAGCAUGAGCUGGGAGCCAUCACCGAGGAGUCAGCCACGGCCUCUCCGGAGAGUACUUCCCCCACCGAGAGGCCUAGUCCGGCCUGCCUGGCCCGGGAGCUGAAGGAGCUGGUAAAAGAGCUGAGCAGCAGCGCCCAGGGGGAGCUGGUGACUCCACUGCACCCCCGGAUUGUGCAGCUCUCCCACAUGAUAGAUGGCCACGUGAGUGAGCGAGUCAAGAACAAGGUUUACCAGCUGGCCCGCCAGUACAGCCUCAGGAUCAAGAGCAAGUCAGCGCCAGCCAGGCCGCCGCUGCAGUGGCAAAAGGUUUCUCCUGAAAGGGAUGGGAAGAGUGCCUCCGCCCCGCACCUGCAGGAGGAAGCUGGAGCACCGGGGGACAAAGGUAGGAGAAAGCCAGUGCUGUCCCUCCUCAGCUAUGAGCAGCUGGUGGCCCAGGAGCACAGCCUUCCCAAGUCCUGCUCUGCUGGUGAGAUGUCACCCCGCCGUUUCUCCUUCAGUCCUUCUGCUGCAAGCCCAAGGACCCCCUCGCCUGGAGUCCGGCCCUCCACCCGAAGCCCCCUUAGUCCCUUGGACACCGAGACCUUCAACUGGCCUGAUGUCCGAGAGCUGUGCUCAAAGUACACCUCCCACGACGAGGCGCUCCAGGCUGAGGGUAGCCGGCCCCGAGCCCCGCCUGUCAACCGGAGCCGCUCGGCGCCGGAGAACGUGGUGGAGCCGCCUCCGUUGGGCAGGGUGGGCCGCUGCUGCAGCCUGAGCACCAAGAGGGGCCAGGCAGGCCUGGAGGCGCCCCAGCCUCAGCCUUCUGGGGAGUUACCCCAAGGCGUGCCUAACGGAGAGGAGGACCUGUAUGUCACUGCUGACCUCACCCUGGAGGACAACCGGAGGGUGAUUGUCAUAGAGAAGGGGCCCCUGCCAGGCCCUGCAGCGGCAGGGGAGGGUAGCAGGCAGGGACCAAGUUUGUCUGUGGCCAUGCAGGGGCCGGGCGAGGAUCUCCAGGAGUCUGCAGAGUAUCUGCCGAAGGAAGAGGCCCCCAAGGACCAAGUGGACCCAAGCCACCAGGGUAGGGUGAGAAACCUGAGGGAGAAAUUCCAGGCCUUGAACUCCGUAGGCUGAUGCAGCCCUAGGGUAGGAGGUGCAGUCUGUGGUGUGGGGAGGAAGCUUGGCUUAUUUGCCUCAAGCCUGUGCUCACCCUGCUCACAGAAGCUCCACCCAGGGCCCUUGAAGACUCUCACCUCUGUUUCCCCCUGAAGAAGGUUCUGGUGUACUGGGCAAGGGUCUUCACCUGCUGCCUGUGAGAACGCUGGUGCUCCCCUGGGUUCAAGGUGACUUUCCACCAGCCCGCCCCUCUGAGGCCAGCGUGGCCGCUUUCCUUGUAUAUAGUUCUCUGGUAAGAAGCCAAAUAUUUAAGCUCACCUCUUCCCAGGGAGAGCAAGCCCGGCUCCAGCGUGGGCUGGCCACUGCCAGACUGAGGAGCCCACCCCAGGGAGAUGCAGGAAGGUGACCUGGGGAGGCUUUGCUUUUUAACUGCCUUUUCUUAGGCUCCAGGCAGAAAUGAGGCCCAUAAUUUAUUGCUUUCCAUGCUGUGGUAUGUUUGUGUGUUGUGUGUUUUUGUUGUUGAUUCCCUUCCUGUGAAGAAUGUAAUGGACUCUGUUCAGGUACUUUUGUGGGUUGCCUCCCUGACCCUGUGGUUGUCGCUAAUGUACACACAUUUCAUUAUUUGCCAAUGGUGCAAUAACCAGUGCUGACCAAACGACCUGUGUGUGGCCUCCUUACUGGGCCUGGCUGGGUGGGAAGGUGGAUCACAGCCAGGGAUGUCUUGGCGGAGAUGGGACGUGGGGGUCGUGGAGGCCCUAGGGGGCUCCUGAGAGCCUAGGGCAGCACGGGGUGUGGAGGGAAAUUCUGCCAAAUUCUACCAACUGCUCCAUGGAAUUCUGUCCAUCCCCAGCCUGGCAUCCUGUCCCUGAGCCAGCUUUUGGUUUUUUGCCCCAAAGGCCAAAGUCAGACUGAAAAAGGCGGGGGAGCGGGACUAGAACAUUUUUCUAAUAAGCUGAAGUUUCCAGUAUCAGGUGCCUUUUACUUCUCACCCGCUCUCUUUUUCAGGAGACAUCCUAACAGGUAAGGAUUUCAAAUCUGGAACCUAAAAAUGCCUUAAGGUGGCUUCCAACAUUGGGUGAGGGCAGAAGUGCAUUUUUUUUCUGGAAUAGAUUGUUUUCCUCCCAUCCUCCAAAGUGUCUGAUUCCAAGAGGCUAGGAACACCUCCUUAUUUCUAAUUGCAUUUAUUUUGCCCCUUCUCCAUGGUGUACUGGCCUCGUUUUGUCCUGUUUCUUCUGGCUGGCAUCUGGGAGGGGGGCUGGGGAGCCCAGGAGGUAGACCCGCCCUACAAGUGUCCGCGUGUCUGCCGGGUCAGGCCCCGCAAGUCUGACCUGGGGGGACUCGAGCUGAAGGUGGAGCUGCCG